AUGCGGAAACUUGAGCCUCGGCACCGGCACGUGCUACUGGACGUGGCACUGGACGACUUGCACCACAGCGAAUUCAAUGUGUUUGGCUACGUGGCGCCGCUCACCAACGGCACGUCAGCGCGCUACAGGCGGCGCAUCGCUGAGGCCGCGAACCGGCGCGUGGCGCUGCUGCUGCACCCGGAGCAGAACGGCCUGACGCUGACUGAGGCCGGCCCCGCCUGCAACGUGUCCGACGGUCAGGCCCUCGACUUCGACUACGUGCCAUGUGUGCAGCUCGGGAGAGGCCUGGGCGAGUCCGAGGGGCGCCGACCAGUGACGCGGGUCCAGAAGUACGUGUUCGGCCGCUACAUGCAGUACCUGCACAAGUUCCAGCAGGUGCUGGAGAGCGAGUUCCCCGCCGCCUUCCGUCUCUACCGCGUGUUCACCGUGGGCGUCAGGGACUUCGUGCGGGACGCCAAGUCGUUCGCGCUAUUGGCACGUAAGGUCCACAGCACCGGGCUUGGCAGUCUGAGCCGGCGUGAGCUGGAGCUGUACUUCCGCACGCCGCGUGACAUGCGCGCCGUGGCGCCCGUGCUGCUGGUGUCGGCCUUGCCGCUGGCACAGAACGUCGUCUUCCCCCUGGCGUACCUGUUCCCCCGCCAGCUGCUGUCGCGCCACUUCUGGUCCCUGCAGCAGCGCGCCGAGUUUGCCUUGCACGAGCACAAGAGGCGGCUGCUCUACAUGCGGCCCGUGCUCAGGCAUCUACAGGCAAGCUGGUAUCCAUGA